UUUUCAGUUUCAAAGCAGUCACCACCGACAUCAGUACCUAAAUGGAUUGAUCCCAAAUCUAUUUCUAAGACACCAAGUAGGAAUACCUUGGAUGAUACAUGAGCUGUUUUAGGACUCCAGUUGUAAAGAAUGACUUUCCACCUUCUUACCCGUCAUCAACACCUUACCACCAGCUUGCCUGUUUCCAGCAGCAGCAAGUCCCUGUUACUCCUCUUCAAAACUUACAGAUUUCAGGAUCCUCUUCAACAAAUGAAUGCAUUUCAGUUAAAGGAAGAAUUUAUUUCAUAUUAAAGUAACUAGGCAGUGGAGGGUCAAGUAAGUGAAAUCAUGGACCAGUAUAUCUACAUGGUAAUGGAAUGUGGAAAUACUGACUUGAAUAGUUGGCUUAAAAAGAAAAAAUCCAUCAAUCCAUGGGAACGCAAGAGUUACUGGAAAAAUAUGUUGGAAGCAGUACACACAAUCCAUCAACAUGGCAUUGUUCAUAGUGAUCUGAAGCCUGCUAACUUUUUAAUAGUUGAUGGAAUGCUAAAACUAAUUGAUUUUGGAAUUGCAAACCAAAUGCAGCCAGAUACGACAAGCAUUGUUAAGGACCCUCAGGUUGGCACAGUUAAUUACAUGCCACCAGAAGCAAUCAAAGAUAUGUCAUCCCGAAGAGAGAAUGGGAAAUCCAAGUCAAAGUGUUGUUUAAUAAGGGACCCUAAACAGAGGAUAUCCAUUCCUGAGCUCCUGGUACAUCCAUAUGUCCAAAUUCAAAUUCAUGCAGGUAACCAGAUAGCUAAGGGAACCACUGAUGAAAUGAAAUAUGUCCUGGGUCAACUUGUUGGUCUGAAUUCUCCUAACUCUAUUUUGAAAGCUGCUAAAGUAAUCUAUGGAUGAUUAAAAAUAACAGGAGAACGUACAGAGAUCACAUGUAAUUCUACGGCAUUUUAUGUAAAGCAGUUGCGCCACCAAGAUCUGGGAUCCUUGCUGAUAUCCAAAGCGGAGAGGACAGGGUCUCAUGUUAGCUGGGGAUGACAGGGUUCUAACGGAAGCCUGCAAGUUCACAGGUGACAGCUGUAGUUUCCUACACAUAUCCCCAAACCAACCGGUCUUACCAUACAGCGUGUCACAGAUCAUCUCCUCUCCUCUCGCAGAUGAAGAGAAACCGCUGCUCUGCACUACAAAGCCACUUAGCAGCGCCGCCCUCCCUCCCCACCCGGACACCUGUCCCCUUCACUGGGACCCCCGGAGGGAGAGGGGCUGAUAGAGCGAACUACGGCAGAGCAAUCCCGGCGGAACCUGAGAAUUUUGACACAGGGUAAGUAAGGUCUUGGCUUGACGAGGCAAGGAAGACUCAAGGGUGGUGCUUCCAGACAACAAUGGGAGCCCAAUGACAAAAGCACCGAGAUUCCUGCGCGGGCUGCAGGGCUGAGCCGCGAAACGUCUUUUCUCGCCACGCCCUCCCUAAGGCCCGCAGUGAGGGCGCUGGGGACCCAGCCGCGGGGUGGCGUGGGGGUGAAGGACCCACCACGCACUUGAUGUGGUGAGCGGCUGUUCCCGCCCCGAUGUUCAUCUCCGCCGGGAGUGGCCACCCUCCUGGCAGAAAUUGGGCCUGCUUAAACUGGAGGAGCAGGAAAGACAGCCGACUCGCGUCCGGGAAGCAGCUGCCGCGCUCCACCCAGCACCCUACCAGGGGCUACAGACGUGGGGUCAGGCUCCCGAACGCAGGAGGCGGGGAGGCGCCGACGCAAGGAACCAAUCACCACAGACGCUCCCACGUGAUUAACCUUGACCAAUAGGAGGCCGCGGCGAUAGCGGCGGAGCAACUCAAACGCGCUUACGAAGAGAGAUGGGGGUUCCGUCUUUUCUUCUCUUCCGCUCGGCUUCCUGGAGGCGAGUAUUGGCUCACGGGCGCAUCGAGGAGCGGCGGCGGCCGAAAACUAGUUGCAACUUAGAAAUGGAGGCUGAGGAGUUAAGUGGCAGAGAAUUGACAAUCGAUUCCAUAAUGAGCAAAGUGAGAGAUUUUAAAAAUGAAGAUCUUACUGAUGAGCUAAGCUUGAAUAAAGUCUCUGCUGAUACUACAGCUAACUCAGGAACUGCUAACCAAAUUAUGAUGAUGGCGAACAACCCAGAGGACUGGUUGAAUUUCUUGCUUAAGUUAGAGAAAAAUAGUGUCCCCCUGAAUGAUGCUCUUUUAAAUAAAUUAAUUGGUCGUUAUAGUCAAGCAAUCGAAACACUUCCUCCAGAUAAAUAUGGCCAAAAUGAGAGUUUUGCUCGAAUUCAAGUGAGAUUUGCUGAAUUAAAAGCUAUGCAAGAGCCCGAUGAUGCACGUGACUACUUUCAAAUGGCCAGAGCCAACUGCAAAAAGUGUGCUUUUGUGCAUAUAUCUUUUGCACAAUUUGAACUGUCUCAAGCUGUAGAAAGUGGAGCAGUACCGUUAGAAAUGCUGGAAAUUGCCAUAUGUAAUUUAAACCUACAAAAGAAGCAGCUGUUUUCAGAGGAGGAAAAGAAGGGUUUAUCAGCAUCUACAAUGUUUACUGCUCAAGACUCAUUCUCCAGUUCAGUUGGACAUUUACAAAAGUAAGGACAUGGGUUGUGAUUCCAGAGGACAGGCUACCAAAGCCAGGUUUUUGUAUGGGUAAGAAAACUCAUCAUUUAUGUAAGUAUGUCUACAUAAGAGUUUUUUUGUAAGUGUAACCAUGUUUAGCAGUAAAUGGAAAUACACAUGAAUAUUAUUCUUUGAAAAACUGGGUACUUUCUUUUUGUUUAGAGAGAACAUACCACCACAAGAUGCCGAAAUAAGUCAUCGAAAUCCCCUGAAACAAACUAACAAAACUAAACGGUCGUGCCCAUUUGGAAGAGUCCCAGUUAACCUGCUAAAUAGCCCAGAUUGUCAUGUGAAGACAGAUGGUUCUGCUGUGCCAACUUUUACAAAAAGGUAUGGUUGAGUUUUAAUUUUUAAAUUUGUGUAUAUUUAAAGAUUGAUGGCAGAAUGGUUUUAAACUCUUUUUCACUGAGUAACAGUAAUUAUGAUUAAAGUUUUUGGUAUUUUUGUUCUUUUUGUUCCAGACUGGCCUGGAACUCACUAUCUUCCUGCCUCCAAUUCCCAAAGGUUGGGAUUAUAGGUGUGCACUACCAUACCGGGCUGAAGUUACUGAGUUCCUAAAUGCUCUCAGGAACAAAAAAAUGAAUAGAGAAAGUGACUUUUCAGGUUUUUCACUCAUUAAAAAUAUUUAUUAAAAAAUUAGGAACAUGUUAGAGUGAAGCUUAAAAGGCUGUCAACAUCCUUGGAGUUAAAACUCCUGAUGUUUGGGUAUUUCUUCCUAUGGGUCACCUCUUGGAUAAGAUUCUCUUCCUAGUGCAUUUGAGAGUCUCCACAGCAGGGUGGAAGGUAAGGGGGAAGAAUAGCUAUCAGUGGGAAAAAAGGAUGAAUUCAAUCAUUUACUUUAGAGUUACGGACUUUAAGAAAUGGGAGAGGGAUUGGGGUGUACCUCUGAUAGAGUGUGUACUUAACAUGUGCAAGGUCCUGGGUUCAAUCCCCAGCACCAAAAACAGCAACAGAUGAGUUAAUUAGCUGCUGGGGAAGAUGGUGCAUGCCUCCACAACCCCAGGUAAUAGGGAGGCGGAGCCCUUUGAAUCUAGCUAGUUAGGGCCAGCCUGGGCAACAUAGCAAGACUCCAUGUCUUUAAAAAGAGAAAAAGCAAGGCUAGGUAGUGAAACAUUGUUCCUCACAUACAAUAUAUUUCCCCUCAAUUUGGGUGCUUAUUCCCUUAUAAGAAAUAAGAAUAUGCCAGGCUUGGUGUCUCAUGCCUGUAAUCCCAGUACUUGGGAGUCUGAGGUAGGAUGAUCGUGAGUUUGAGGCCAGCCUGGGCUACAUAGUGAGACCCUAUAUUAAAAAGCCAAAAAAGAAAAAAAGAAAUGGGGUAUAGUUCAGCUAAAGAAGAGAGUUUUUCUUACUUGUUCUUAUUUCUAAUUAUGCGUAUAUCAAUCAUUUCACAAAUACACCUGAGAAGCACAGCUUAUUUUUAACUUGUAUCUUCAAUAAUUAGUCCUGUUAUAUUUAAAACUUGAAUAAAUACUAAUAUUAAAGGGGCAUUUUGUUUAUGUGUAUGUGUGUGUUGGUGUAUGAGUGUGUACAAU